GCGCACCGCACCAGGCCUCGCUCGAUUAAAAACAUACCAGCUGUUGACUAGCAUGGAAGUGCUUUAUUCUAUAAUUAUUGAUAUCCGCGAGUUCUCUCAAAGAAUAAUUAAUUUAGCAUAGACUAAUUCCUGUUUUUUAACUCUAAUCAAUCAGAGUUAAACGUGUCUUCGAUAAUAAUUCAGAAAAGCCUGUCAUCAAAAUGUGGUGUUUGAUCAGUCAAGCCAAUUCAGUUGUCUUUGAAAUAAGGGUCGAUCCUAAGUCCAUUGGACAGGAAUGUCUUGAGAAGAUAUGCGAUCAUUUAGGAAUAUCAAACGAAUCGGAUUAUUUCGGCCUGAAAUAUGAGAAUACCAAAGGCGAAGAACUAUGGCUAAAUCUUCGAAACCCAAUAGACAGACAAGUAAACAUCCAUGGUAAUACUACUCCUUUACGUUUAGGACUUAGAGUUAAAUUUUGGGUUCCUCCACAUCUUUUACUCCAAGAAAGUACUAGGCAUCAAUUUUAUCUACACGCCCGUGCUGACCUGAUAGCUAAACGUUUGCUGGCCAGUGAUUGGUCUACAGCCUCUAAAAUAAUGGCACUCAUAGCCCAAGCAGAAUCCAGUGAUUAUGAUUCGAUUCAUCCACCACAUAAUACAUACAUGCAGGUUUCAACAAUAAGUACACAUGACCAUUCCACGAAACCAAACAACUUACUUCAACAAGUUAUCAAGGAACAUAAAAACCUGAAAGGCAUGAAAAGGACUACAGCUGAAUAUUGGUUGUUGAAAGAGAUUGCGCAAUUUGAGUCAUUUGGUGAAGAACUAUUUACCAAAAUCCAAGGGAAUAUCUAUCUUGGAGUAGGACCUCAUGGAAUUACUAUUUACGAAAAAAACAGUGAUGAAAAACAAUUAAUAUCGUUUACAAACAUAAUCAGCGCAUCCUCUCAUAGAAGAAUUUUCAAACUUGAAUACUACGAUUGUGAUACUAAAGAAACGGUUUUGGAACUCAAACUUGAUUCCUGUCACAAUGCCAGUAGUCUGUACCGCGCUAUUACAGAAAAGCAUGCAUUUUACAGCUGCGAAACAGUACGCAGUGCUGUAACAACCCAAUUUAUCAGGGAUCUAAAAGGUACCAUCGUUUCAAUUUUCAACGAAGAUUCGACUUUGGGCAAAAAAUAUGUUUUUGACAUCAGAAGAACGUGCCGGGAGGUGUAUGAUAAUGCCAGGAGAGCCAUCUAUCAGGAAAGCCAAGCAAAACUUGCUCUGGAUGCCGAACACAUGAGCGCCUCUAAUCUUGAAGGAGACCGCUGCAAAGACUCUGAAGAGAAAUUAUCAAGAUUCAUCGAAGCUAUGACCUGUAAAAUCUGCAUGGACAAUCGCCUAGAUUGUGCUUUCAUGCCUUGCGCGCAUGUCGUAGCUUGCUCCACCUGUUCAGCACGUAUUGACCGAUGUCCACUCUGUAGGACGGAGAUCAAACAAGUCCAAAAACUCUACAUGCCCACGUGGUAAUAGAGAAAAUGCACACCUAAUAUAGUAUUAUCCAAAACACGUUAAGUUUGAGACAAUCUUCAAUUUGUUACUUCUCAACUUGUGAUUUUUAUUAUUAGUCUUUCUCAUAUUGAGAUGAUUAUUUUCUUAUUUUACUGUGUAAAUAUUUUGAUUUGAACUGCUGUGUAUUGAGGAACCUUCUAUUUUUGCUGUUUCCUUUUUUCUAAUCUCGACUUAGAAGGACUCAAUAAGAUACUUCGACAAUAGAUAUGAUUAUUAAAUAUCUGAAGAAAUCUAUGUAUAUUUAGUCAUAAAUAAUCAAUGCAACUAUUUGUAUAAGUUUAGGUAUUGAUAGAUAUUUUGUAUUAAUCGAUGUUUAUAUUUAUAUAUAUCUAUAAACUGUCAUACAGGGUGUGCCAAAAGCUCGAAACACAUGGACAAAUUUUAUACAUAUUUUAAAUUUUCUUAUUUGUUGCGAACUUUUUGGGGACCCUGUAUAUCUCUCCCCAACUGUGUUAGUAGAUUUAAAUUUAUUUUUUAUGUGAUAAUUAUGAAUUAAGUUUUUUACUGUCGAAAAGUAUAGAUUUAUUUAAUUGUUGAAUUGGCUAUAAAACUAAAAUAACUAAGUGACCCUUGCUUUAAAAAAAAUAAUUUAUUGUGAUACAUGUUUAGAUGAAAAAAUGACCAAAUUUAUCUUUACUGUUAAUUAUGAUGGGUAUGUAGAAAUGUGUUUUCUUGACUUUUCUUGAAAAAAUAGUUUGGCCAAAUAAAAUACUUAUUAAAUA